CAUUAAGGCGCCCUUUAAUAUUAGUCUGCCCAUGUUGCUUGUUGUUCACCCUAGCUUGCCUUUCGUACUAUCAUUGCAGGCCCCCAGUCUGCUCUUGAUAUUGCUGUCUGUCUGUCGCGAUGCGGGGCAUUCAAGGCAGAGCCUCAUCAGGCUGGGGAUGAGGCAGGUCACAAGGCAACCUAUUAUCACACUUUAUAUCAACCAUGGCAGCGGCAAUCAAACCUGGAAGAUUCAGAUGAACCUCCAGCAUGUCCAGUCAACCCGUCACCGAACCGAGUUAUGGCGGCAGCACAGCAAAAUCGGGAUUGGAAGUGGGAUCCAAUCCUACAGCAGCGCUACUACAUUUCCGACAUUGUCCAACAUUUCCGGACCUAUGAAGACGGGAGUGUUCGCGCGUACGGUUUGCCCCACCCUCUAAUCUUGCGUCUAGGAGAGUUCUUUACAAGUGUAGCAGGGAGCCAAGCAUAUCGGUCGGACGAACUGAGGGACGACAAACUCGCGAUAGCAUUCACCAAAAGAAGGAUGAUAGGGAAGGCAAUGAUGGCGAGCGUGAUGACAACCAGGACUAUUACAACAACAGUUACCACAACAGUUACAACCACAGCUACAACCACAGCUACAACCACAGCAAUAGCAACAGCAAUAGCAACAGCAACAGCCAUGGCUACAAAAAUAGCUACAAUGAUUACAGCGGCUACAACGGCUACAACGGCUACAACGGCUACAACGGCUACAACAACAAUAAUAAUGAGGAUGACAACGACGACGAGAAGGACGGUGGGAGGAAUCAUGACAGGUACUGAUCCAUUCUUCUAGUGAUCUUGUCAUACCUCUUCCUUUUGGGACCGCUGAUAAACACCAUCGAACGCUAGAUUAACUAUUCCCUAGCAAUAUGGAUGCCGAUCAAAAUACCGAUAAAGAAAACCAACGACGGCGGGAUCAAGACAGGGGCAGAAAAAAUCAUGCCGACCGCGAUUUCAGAAACCUGCGCCCUUCUAGAUCCUCGCAAGAGAGGUUUGAAGAGGAUUCGGAAUAACAAUCCUGCAUGACUGGUGGAUUAACUCUCAAGUCGCAUUCAGACCCUCGAACCGCAGAGAAUUUUCUUUGAGCUGCCGCAUAGGUAUAUCACCGCAUGUAUCAUGAGAAAGGUGACUCAUACCAAGGACGGGAUGUUCACCAUAUCAACCUCUUUCGUCUACAAUCUUGGUACCCAAACUGCAGGGAAUUGAGCCGUGUCAACC